GCCUUCAUGAAAAUGGAUCCAGCCUGCCUGGGCCAAGUCAAAAUUAAUGAACUCCUACGUUUCUAUUCCUUGCCACUCAUUCUCAAACAGGAUCUUGGUAUGCUGCCUCAAAGGUUUAUGCAUUUAGUUAAUAUUUCCGUCUCCAAUACGGUGUAUCAUGCGGGUGAGUUUGGUUUCCGCUUUACGGGAGUCAAAACCCUCCGAAAAAAGUGGCUGGAAUGA